CAAGAAACAAAUCGCGCCAUCAUGUCGAUAUCGAACGGGAAAACAUCUUCCGACAUCGAGAAUGUGGACUGGAACUCGUCCGGGAUGUUGACACACACCAGGUACGGUUCCACCAGCAGUCAGGUGUCGCAGAGCAGUGGCGACAUUUGCCGCAUCUGUCACUGCGAGUCGGACACCCUGAACCCGUUGCUGACGCCCUGCUACUGCUCCGGAAGUCUAAAGUUCGUGCACCAGACCUGUCUGCAGCAAUGGCUGACGGCGUCGGAAACGAAUGCCUGCGAACUGUGCAAGUUCCCGUUUAUCAUGCACACGAAAAUCAAACCGUUCAACGAGUGGCGCAGUUUGGAUAUGUCCGGUGUGGAGCGGCGUCGACUGUGCUGCGCGGUACUAUUCCACUGUGCGGCCGGUUUGUGCGUCAUUUGGUCGCUGUGCGUGCUGAUCGAACGGGCUACCGAGGAGGUACGACGGGGACAGAUCGGAUGGCCGUUCUGGACGAAGCUAAUCGUGGUGACGGUCGGGCUGACCGGUGGCGUCGUGUUUAUGUACAUCCAGUGCAAACAGUACUUGAACCUGUGCAACCGUUGGCGGGCUAGAAAUCGCAUACUGCUCAUACAGAACGUGCCGGAAAAGAUUCACCCACCGCAAUCGCCCCAGAUGCCACAGUUUCGUCGCGUCCGUACGGCAGCUACCUCGGGACAACCACUCGGCGGCGGCGGCGGUACGAUGGGUAUCAAUGCGGUCAACAAUGCUGUGACGGCAUCGGUGGCGGCUGCCGCAGCACGUCAAUCAUCGUUCGAUCAUCCGCUCGGUGCGGCAACGGUAAAUGUCAGUAUUGGAGGGCCCUCUACCGGAGCAACGGGCGGCGGCGGUGGUAACCAUUGCGAGCUGCAGCUCAAUCAGCAGGGCCAAAUCAUAGCGGCCAACAUCGAGAGUAAUUCGAUCGGCGGGUACGAUCGUGACUGGACGCUGGACGACAUUAGCCAGGUGUCGUUCAAACCGUGUCUGCAGGGUAGCGGAAGCUUAACGCCGAUGCCGUUUCACGAUUCGGUGCACAACAUUUGCGAAACAACGACCGGGAGCGGUAGCGGUAUUAUGGUGAUGAGUGCGACCUCAGGGACGGCCGGCGGGACUGCUGCGCAGAACGGUAGCAAUAAUAAUGGGAGUAGCCAUCGUUACUCAACCGUAUCCACCUCAUCGAAUCAGUGUGGUACGGAGCAGAUGGCCAGCAAUGCAACCGGACCCGAGCUCACCUUGCUCAGCAAGCUCAACAAUGGUGUGGUUGAGCGAAGUAGAAGUAACUCCCCGAAUGUUGUACCACCCGUAGUGACAACGAGCACUACCACCACCACACUGGCGGCUGUACCGACGCCCGGUGCAAUGGGACGGUACGUGAAUUCGGCCAUAUUCCUCGAAAAUCGUGAUAUUUUAAAUGAUCCCUCCAUGGGACCGACGGGUGGACAGGAUGAUAUGUCCAGCAAACUGUACCACCGCCAUUCUACUACCGGGCCUGGCGCGUCCGGGUUUGCUCGCGAUGAAUACUCCCAGACUGCCGGCACGUUUGGUGGUCCACACGCCGAGCAAAACAAAUCAUUCCGUCGCUAUUCUGACACGAAGCUGCUGCAGAAGCAAUCGCUAAGCUUCCCGCAGGAACCGCUCGCCCUGUGCGAGAUCGGUACGCACACCAAAGACCAGCUAUUGCUCAAUCCCAAAAGCAUCAUCUACGACAUGACGAGUCUGCUUGGUCCGGCAGUUGAUCUGAAGGAACAGGCGACGAACGGAUCUGAUCGAUCCCUCCUCACUGGUGGUGGUGAUGGGGUGGUGGGUAAUCGCCAUCAUCACACUCACCAUCAUCACCAUCAUCAUCAUCAUCCGCAUCAUCAUUAUAGGCAUCAUCAUGGUGGUGGUGCAUAUCAUCAUCAUCCGCUUGCAUCGCCCGACGGACGAUCGGGUGACGAUUCCAUCCAGCAGCAGCAGCAGCAGCAGAACGCGCUCCAGACGACUGACAUCCAGUUCGAAAGCGGUGGCCCACUGGAUGAUGAUGCGCUCGAGAUGAACAUACAGGAGAUACUGGAGUACGAUCAGCAACAGCAGCAUUAUCCUCGUGGCGUUGUUGAGCAACGGCUGUCGCUUGAGAACAUCCUGCAGUCGUCGUAUCACGAUGAUCCGGGUACGGUGCCGAUUCGUCCGUACUACGACCACCAUGGCCAUUCGAUGCUGUCGCUUAGUCUCGCCAGCAAAACACCUCCUCCUCAUCCUCCUUCCGCUCUCCUCACCACGGGUAGUAGUCACGUACCGGCACUGUCCACCGACUAUCCUUAUCCGCGCUCAACGAUGGCCGGUACCGUCGUCGUAGCGGAUAGUCCCUAUCCGCAGCAGCAGCAGCAGCAACAGGUGCCGACACAUCCGCAACUGCAGCAGCAACGAUCGCACUGCUGUGGCGAAACAUCGGACGCGUCCCGUUUCGCCAACGACAGCAACAAGCUAAAGUUGUUCAAAUCUUUGCCCAACCUGAGCGCGAGCAGUGAAAAUCUGCUACCGUAG